AUUAUUAUUAUUAAGUUUUGUAUAUAUAUAUACACAUACAUUUUAAAUGACCACCAUUAAACCUGCCCAACUGUCUGCUCUGGAAGACUUGACUCAUGCCGUAGCUGGACUUGUGCAUGUCGAAGAACCAUGUCUCAAGACAAUCGAAACCAUUCGCCAUUUAGAGAUGGAGAAAAAGCCUCUUCAGAAGAAUCUCGAAGAAAAAACUACCAAGUUGACUUACUGGAAGAAGGAAGAAAUCAACAUCAAUUCUUGGAGUAUUCAAUGGUUCUUUUUGAGCAUAACCUGUGAGGUAAAGGCUGAACUUGAACGAGUAAGGAAACACAUGAAAAAGGACGAAGAGUUGGUCAGAGAAGCAACAUCUCUGGUAGAGGAGGUUGAUGAACGUAUUCGUGAUGUUGAGAGACAAAAUGAAAAGAACGAAGUUGACUACAGAAGCUUGAAGAAUCAUCGUGAAGACCUUACAGAGCUGUUAGAUGAGUUAUUGAAAGGCCAAGACUUUGGAACCGAGGCUUCAUUGAGAAAGGAGAUUGAUGAUUUGGAAAAAGAGAUUGAAGAGGCUAUCGAAUCAUACAAUAACCUCGACAGAGUCAGAGUCUGCCUGACAACCGCUGAUACAGCUUUAUUAGAAGCCAUCCUUGAUCUCCGCCAAUCUAACAAGGAGAAGGAAAUCGGUGAAGGCAAUGUUUACUUUCCCCAGAUUGCCUAUGACGCCAUUAAAGAGGCUCGUGAACUUUGCAAAUCCCUUCCUCCAAUCCAGGCCCCAGACAAAUUGGAAGAGAAUGAUGAAAAUACCAAGGCAUUUUAUUCACCUGUUCAGCGUUACUUGUGGUCUGUCCGAAGACAGUUGGAGCUUUUGCUUGAAUGGUGUGACAAGCACUCGCUUGAUUUAGUAGCAGUCCAGACAGCAAAGAGACUUGCCUCGGGUGAGAAGAUUGAUGAAUGGAACCGGGAGAGACGUAGAUUGGUGAAGCAAGUUAUUCUGUAAAUAAUAUAUAUAAAAAAAAUCCAUAAAGCUAUCAUACUUCUUUCUAUUUAUUUAUUUAUUUAUUUAUUUAUUUUACCCUUUAUUGUAUUUAUUGCAUUUUAUUUAUCCUUCAAAAUAAUACUACCGAUAAUAAUACUCAUAACCUUUUGAUUAUCAU